AUGGCGGACGUAGCAAUCCAACCACCGCCCCCAGAUACCAUGGAAGGUAUCGAAGCUGUCCCUGAUCCCGCUGAACCGCCCAAACCCAAAUGUGAAACACUCUACAUCCAGAACCUCAACGAAAAGAUAAAGAUUGACGUGAUGAAAUCUUCGUUACGGGGUCUGUUCAAGCCGUAUGGCGUACUAGACGUGGUGGCACAUAGCAAUCUCCGGAUGCGGGGGCAGGCAUUCGUGUCGUUUGAGACACCAGAACAAGCUGAGAAGGCGAUGAAUGACGUUCGUGGGUUCCCUUUGUAUUCCAAGUCCAUGCAAAUCUCGUUUGCGCGGACACGGGCUGACGCAGUAGUGAAAAAGCUGGACGAGGAGCAUUUCGAGGAACACAAGGCGCAGAGGGCGGAGCACAAGAAAGCGACACGGUACAAUAAUCCACUCAAGCUAAAGUUCAAAGCAAAACGGAUGGCUGCUGAAAUCGACGGUGGUGCCUCACUGCCUAUAUCGAAACGUCCCAACGUCCAAAUGCCGGAUGAGUACCUACCACCCAACAAAAUUCUCUUCUUGCAAAAUCUUCCCGAAAGCGUCACGAAGGAACAACUUGUCACCUUGUUUUCGCAAUACCCCAAUCUCCACGAAGUCCGUCUUAUUCCAUCAAAGAAGGAUAUUGCGUUCGUGGAAUACCUGGACGAGGGAAGCUCUGGUACUGCAAAAGAUGCUUUACACAAUUACAAGCUCGAUGGGGAAAACAAAAUCAAGAUUACUUUUGCUCGGAAGUAGGCUACGAUAGAGUUACCUUAUUUCAUCUGCAUUAUACUUGUUGUAUCGAUAUUAUAAUAUCUUCAAUCGCUCUAAGCCAACUGUCGCAGAGUACCUCGAAAGUUUUUUUUUGGUUGCAU